GCAGCAGGCGGCAGCAAAGCGUCACAGUUGCCAACGAACUUGGCCAGCACUCCUGCAGAUGAACUUUCGCCAGGCCCCUGGGCAUUGCAUCCUUUCGGUCGAAAUCUUCUUAAUUCAUUAAUUCAACACUAUGAGCGGAUACCCGAUGUACAAACCCUUGCCAUGCUUGCUUGCGUCUUUGCUUGGCCCGGCGUAAAAUCCAAUGCGGCAGGAUGGAAACUAGCUCGCGGGCAACACGGUAAUCUGCACGCGAGUCGAUCAGCAGAUUCGAUCGACCAUGAACCCAGCGUCACAAGUGGGCUGCUCAGCGCCAUGUCUACAUCUGCGCUCGCGACCGCCAGGCCUCUGAGCCGCGGUGCUUUCGGCGCUACUGAUGAUCAAAACUAUGCCAAAGCUGUUCGCAUGCUUGACCCAAGCAAGUCCAAUCGCUUUUUCCAGUUUAUCAAGUUUUAUAGCGAGGUUCUGUACGGCUGGGGAUACCUGCAAGCGCGUGGCGAGUUGCUGCGCUUUUUGCAUCAGCCACCCCGCGGACAUCUCGGCCUUGAAUUUGACGUCAAGUGCCAAAUUUGCAACAAGAACUUUUUGCGGUCUGUUCGGUGCGGAGACUGCAAGCGGAAGGGCUAUGGCUUUGGGUGCGCCAUUUGCCACGUUCCAGUGAAAGGUCUGUCGAACUUUUGCGUCGUGUGUGGCCACGGAGGCCACUCCGAGCACAUGCGGGCAUGGUUUGAGCACAAUGUUUCGUGUCCAACUGGAUGCGGCUGCCGCUGUACCGAGAUGGAAGUGUAGAAGUGGCGCAGACCGAAACCUCGUUCCGAAUAAAUCGUUGUUUGAUGCGUAACUCUACCCCGACGUGGACUGCACACACUCUUCGAGGGUUCAGCCG